AUGGAUUCUCUCGGGGCAAGGUGGGACGAGUUGCAGAUUGGUGAUGAGAAUGAGAGGGGCUUAGCUUUUGAUGGUUUCGUGGACAAUGAUGAUGAUAUUGAUACGAGAUGGUGUUUGGUGGGAAGAUUGUUGUAUGAACGCUCAACGGAUUAUGACUCUUUCAGAAACGUUAUGGCGUCUCUCUGGCGCCCGGUGAAAGGUAUGUUUGUCAAGGAGCUCGAGCAAAACAGAUAUCUCUUCCAGUUUUUCCAUGAGCUGGAUGUUAAGAGGGUGAUGGCAGGCUCGCCGUGGACUUUCAAUAGAACGCCGCUGAUAUUGGAGAGGCUGAGUUUGGGGGGAAACCCCCGCACGGUUGAACUCAAUAUGCUUGAAAUAUGGGUGCAGGUCUAUGAUCUUAAGCCGGGGUUUAUGUCGGAUCGGGUACUCAAGGCGUGUGGAGCUUAUAUGGGGCAAUUUGUAGAAUCUUGUCCAAAAAACUAUACAGGUAUAUGGCGUGAGUAUCUUCGAGUUCGGGUCCGGAUUAAUGUUGAGUUACCAUUGAAGCGCCGUAUGAAGGUUUUCACAUCCCAAACUGAUUUUUUCUGGGCCAACUUUAAGUAUGAACGUCUACCCACGUUUUGCUUCAUUUGCGGCAUAUUGGGGCACUCGGAGAAUUUCUGUCACAAGAUGUUUGAUGAAGGCGAUGAGAAUAUGGCUAGACCGUAUGGGCUGUUCAUGCGAGCUCCGGAACGUAGGGGUCAAAAACAGAUCGGUGCUCGAUGGUUACGGGACAACAUGGCCCGUCCUCUUGAUCAACCAUUGGAUCGAAAUAUUCCGGUCAGUAUAGAGCGCCAUACCGGGAGUCUGCGGAGAGAAGGGGCUGCUCUGGGAUCACGUGAUUCCGUUAAUCAUGAAGUAAAUUAUGGAGCACGAUAUGACAUUAAAGAGUGGAGAUCGUGGUGCUAA